UUUUAAUCUCUCAUUUAUGUCGCUGGUGCAGGUUACCCUGUUUCCCAAUGCCGGCGUCACCAUCGGCACCGCCCUCCACCACUCCGCCGCCGACGGCUCGUCCUACACCCAUUUCAUGAAAACUUGGGCCCUCAUCGCUAAACUCCACGGCGAGACGCCUUCACUCGCCUUUCUUCCCCCACCAAUCUUCGACCGCACACUAAUCUCCGACUCCACAGGGCUCUUAAACACUUUCCUCAAAGACAUCCAGAAUCUCCAAGGCGACGACAGUUUACACAACUGGGAUCUCUCCACACGUCCCAAUGUAAUGCGCGCCACAUUCGUUCUCAGGCCGGACGAAAUCCACCGACUAAGCCAACGCACGACGACUCGGUGCUCUCCGUACUCGCUGGCUUGCGGGCUU